AUGAGUAGUGACAAUGGACCAGGGAGAUUGCCCUCGUUGAAAAAUGCUGGUGCUGGUAAACCAGGAUUGAAAUUUAAGCCCAAGGUUGCUGCCAGAAGAUCAAAGGAAGAAAGAGAGGCAUCAGCACCAAAACUGGAAUCUGAUGAAGGUCCAAAGCCUAAUGAUAAGAAGAAACCAAUGAAUAAACGAAUGACGGGUCCAGGUAAUCAGAACCGUCGUAUGGCUCGAUAUUUAAACAAUACGCAUGUGGUUUCCACAGGGCCAUUAGCAGCGGGUAAUUUCGUUGGUGAUAAAGGUGGUGGACCCAAAAGAGCUUUUACUAAAUUGGAAGGUGGUGGUGGUGGUGCUUCUCCAUUAGUCUUACAAGGAUUGAAAAAGAUGGGUGGUAAUGAUGAUGAUGACGAUGAUGAGGAGGACGAGGAAGGAGGGGAAGACGAUGAAGAUAAGAAGAAAUCAUCAGCACAAAACAGGUUCAAUAUGGGUAAAGAAUAUUCAAUUCACGACCUUAACGGUAGUGAAGAUGAAGAAGGUGAAGGUACUCCAGAUAUGGAUGAAGAGACAUGGAGAGCUUUAAAGACUGAAGAACUUUUCCCCAUUAGACCUGUACGGUAUAGACACCAAGACUUGGAGGUUUUACAAAAUGUCGAUAAAGAAGCUUCCACUUCAGACUUAACCACGAGAGAACCGACACCUGCAGCAUUAAAGCAAGAACCUGUCGAUAGCGCCAACGAAUUACAAGAUACAUUAAAACAGAAAGAUUCGGAAUUGCACAAGAAAUUAAAUGAAUUGUCAUUAGCACAGGAAUUCCAAUCCCUCGACCAGAACGAAUUUGUCGCUGAGGUGAAAUCGAUGACUGAAGAUCAUGAUCGCAUAUGGAAGAAACUAAACAAGAUUAACAAUAAACCCAAUAGGUUUGUCUUAUUUCAGUUACCUCCUAAAUUACCAGAAUUCGAACAUAAUGUUAUUAGACCAGAACCAAUAGCAACAGAACAACCAACAGAAGUGAAAGAAGAUGACGAUGGGAAAAAAACUACAAAAAAGAAAGAUGCAGAACCUGCAGAGCCUCUGCCACCAUUGGCAGGUCGUAUCGGCUCCAUAAGAGUGCACAAAUCAGGUAGAUUAUCUGCCAAAAUUGGUAAUGUUGUUAUGGAUAUCAGUAGGGGCACAGAGACUACUUUCCUGCAAGAUGCAGUAACCAUAAAUCAGAGCAGCGAUACACCACCAUUCGCUGAAUUACUAGGUCGUGUAGAUGGAAGAGUAGUCAUGACUCCCAGGUUUUAA